UGGACCUAGCCGCCGCCUCCAGUCUCCCGUUACCUCCUUGCCAAGAGAAAGAUUACCACUUUGAAUAUACGGAAUGUGAUAGCAGUGGCUCCAGGUGGAGAGUUGCCGUUCCCAAUUCUGCAGUGGACUGUUCUGGACUGCCUGACCCUGUGAAAGGGAAAGAAUGCACCUUUUCCUGUGCUUCUGGUGAAUACCUAGAAAUGAAGAACCAGGUCUGCAGUAAGUGUGAGGAAGGCACCUACUCCUUGGGCAGUGGUAUCAAGUUUGAUGAAUGGGAUGAGUUACCUGCGGGAUUUUCCAAUGUCGCAACAUUCAUGGACACAGCAGUGGGUCCUGCGGAGAACAAACCAGAUAGCUGUGACAACUCUUCCUGGAUCCCUCGUGGAAAUUACAUUGAGUCCAAUCGAGAUGACUGCACAGUUUCUUUGAUCUAUGCAGUGCACCUAAAGAAGUCUGGUUAUGUCUUCUUUGAAUACCAAUAUAUUGACAACAACAUCUUCUUUGAAUUCUUUAUACAAAAUGACCAGUGCCAGGAGAUGGACUCCACCACAGACAAGUGGGUAAAAUUGACAGACAAUGGAGAAUGGGGUUCUCAUUCUGUCAUGUUAAAAUCAGGCACAAACAUAUUAUACUGGAGGACCACGGGGAUCCUCAUGGGAUCCAAAGUGGUGAAACCUGUACUAGUGAAAAACAUCACUAUUGAAGGUGUUGCAUACACAUCAGAAUGUUUUCCCUGCAAGCCAGGCACAUUCAGUGACAAGCCAGGUUUAUCCAACUGCCAGGUUUGCCCUAGAAACACCUAUUCUGAGAAAGGUGCUAAAGAAUGCAUAAAAUGUAAAGAAGACACCCAGUUUGCAGAUGAAGGAUCUAGCCAAUGUAUGGAGCGCCCUCCUUGUACACAAAAAGACUACUUUCAGAUUCAUACUCCAUGUGAUGAUGAAGGAAAGACACAGAUAAUGUACAAGUGGAUAGAGCCCAAGAUAUGCCAAGAGGACCUCACAGAUGCUGUGAGGCUUCCCCCUUCUGGAGAGAAGAGGGAUUGUCCACCCUGCAACCCAGGCUUUUAUAACAACGGCUCAUCUUCUUGUACUCCUUGCCCACAUGGAACAUUUUCAGAUGGAACGCAGGAAUGCAAGCCAUGCCCAGCAGGAACAGAACCCGCUCUGGGGUUUGAGUAUAAAUGGUGGAACAUCUUGCCUGCCAAUAUGAAAACCUCCUGCUUCAAUGUUGGAAACUCAAAAUGUGAUGGAAUGAACGGUUGGGAGGUGGCUGGAGACCAUAUCCAGAGUGGGGCAGGAGGCUCGGAUAAUGAUUAUCUGAUCUUAAACUUGCAUAUCCCAGGAUUUAAGCCUCCAACAUCCAUGACGGGAGCCACAGGUUCUGAACUCGGAAGGAUAAGUUUUAUUUUUGAGACCAUCUGUUCAGCAGACUGUGUGCUGUACUUCAUGGUGGAUAUUAAUAGAAAAAAUACCAACGUGGUGGAAUCCUGGGGUGGAACCAAAGAAAAACAAGCUUAUACCCACAUCAUUUUCAAGAAUGCAACAUUCACAUUUACGUGGGCGUUCCAGAGAACGAAUCAGGGCCAAGAUAGUAGACGGUUUAUCAAUGACAUGGUGAAAAUCUAUUCUAUCACAACUACAAAUGCGGUCGAUGGAGUGGCGUCAUCUUGCCGGGCCUGUGCCCUGGGUUCUCAACAGUCAGGUUCCUCAUGUGUACCCUGUCCGCCUGGGCACUACAUUGAGAAAGAGACCAACCAGUGCAAGGAAUGUCCACCCGACACCUACCUGUCCAUACAUCAGGUCUAUGGCAAGGAGGCUUGUAUUCCAUGUGGGCCAGGAAGCAAAAGUGCCCAGGACCACACAGUUUGCUAUAGUGACUGCUCCCUGUCCUACAUGAAAGAAAACCAGAGUUUGCACUAUGACUUCAGCAACCUCAGCAGCGUUGGUUCAUUAAUGAAUGGCCCGAGCUUCACGUCCAAAGGAACCAAAUACUUCCACUUUUUCAACAUCAGCCUGUGUGGUCAUGAGGGGAAGAAGAUGGCAAUUUGUACUAACAAUAUAACAGAUAUUACUGUGAAGGAAAUGGUAGCUGAGUCAGAAGAUUACACCAAUUUUGUAGGAGCGUUUAUAUGCCAGUCAACUAUAAUUCCAUCUGAAAGCAAGGGCUUCCGAACAGCUUUGUCUUCACAGUCUAUCAGCCUUGCAGAUAUAUUUUUAGGGGUAACUGUUGAAAACACAUUGUACAACAUCAACGUGAAGGAAGAUAUGUUUCCAUCUCCAUUAAGGCAAAUACCUGACGUACAUUUCUUUUACAAGUCCUCCACGGUGACAGCGUCCUGCGACAAUGGGCGAGUGGCUGUUGUCACCAUGAGAUGCAAUCUCAGCAAACCUGGCCAAGGUGUGAUUUCAGUCCCCAGCACAUGUCCAGCGGGUACCUGUGAUGGCUGCACAUUCUAUUUCCUGUGGGAGAGUGCCGAAGCUUGUCCUUUGUGUACAGAGCAUGACUACCAUGAGAUUGAGGGAGCCUGUAAGAGAGGAUUUCAGGAAACCUUAUAUGUAUGGAAUGAACCAAAGCAAUGCAUUAAAGGGGUUUCCUUGCCAGAAAAAAGAUUGACCACAUGUGAAACAGUUGACUUUUGGUUAAAAGUGGGAGCAGGAGUAGGUGCUUUUACGGCAGUUUUACUUGUGGCUUUGACCUGCUACUUCUGGAAAAAGAAUCAAAAGCUGGAAUAUAAAUAUUCUAAAUUGGUAAUGACAGCUAAUGCAAAAGAGUGUGAGCUCCCUGCUGCAGAUAGCUGUGCUAUCAUGGAAGGGGAAGAUAAUGAAGAAGAGGUUGUAUAUUCCAAUAAACAGACACUCCUGGGGAAACUCAAAUCCUUGGCAACAAAGGAAAAAGAAGAUCAUUUUGAAUCUGUUCAACUGAAAUCCUCAAGAUCCCCCAAUAUAUGAAGAGACAGUGCUGCCUUUGGUCAAAGGAACAAAGAAACCUGCUUUCUAAUUUUACAGGACCACAUUUUAGAGCCCAUCUUGGUAUCCAGGACUGUUGGUGAUACCUGUGAGAAAUACUGGACUGUUGAAAAAAGAAGGUUGGAGCCUUCUGGUUGUCUGGUUGCCUUAUCAUGUGGUCAAGUACCUUGCCAAAAAGGAAAGCAAACCAUUUGGUGGCCAAGUUGAUGGUGAAGUUCAACUCAGGAAAGAGAUAUUUGUGUAUAUACAUAACUGAAAACCAAGUUUAAAGCCCAUCAGCGCACUGCUGAUGCAUGCCAUUUAACUAAUUGGUAACUUUCAUUUCUUAUAACUUUUAUGAGAAUUAUCAUGUGUGUGUGCGUGCGUGUAC